AUGGCCCAAGUGCGGCCAGUGAAGCAGCAGGAGGUUCAGGUGGACCACAUGGACCGCCUGGAGGGCUCCGUUGUCCCCACCUCCGCUGCGUUCUGCAGCCUGCUGUGCUUCGUCGGCAUUCUGCUGGUGCGGCGCUACGUGCCGAAAGCCAACAAGCACUGGCUCUGCCGCACCCCCCACGUCUGCGUGGGCAGUUUGGUGCUCGUGACCUUCCUGCAGUGCAGUGUCAUGGUGCUGCGCAGCAGCCACGUCAAGGAGGAGAGCCUGCGUCCCGCCGUGCACGCGGAAGACACCCCACAGCAAUUCCUGGGAGUGGAUGCGCAAGACUCACUUGAGGACCUUCCCGACCUUCCCGAGACGACUCCCUCCGAGGAGGUGCCGUGCCGUCAGGUCACGCCCUUUGACUUCGGCGCCAAAGGCGAUGGCCACGCGGACGACUCUGCGCCCGUGCUGUCCGCCAUCCUGCACGGCGCCAAGUGCCAGACGGAGGUCAUCAUCCCCAGCCGCAGGUUUCUGGUGAUGCCCACGCUGCAAGUGACGGUGGAGAAUGUGACCAUCAUCUUCGAGGGCGUUCUGGUGGGCCCCUCUUUACAAGCCUGGAACCCCCUGAUGGGCACCUGGCCCAAGGGCUCGUGCGCCUACGCGGAGGCGGGGUGCCGCUUGGGCGGACCCAGCCCCGAGUUCGCGCGGUCCCAGUGGGCGUUGCUUCUCUUCCGGAACUGCCGCAACGUGACACUGAGAGGCCGCGGAGGCUUGGAGGCACGCGGGCCCAGCUUCUGGAAGGUGCGAAACCUGCGCCCCCAGGUGCGAGGCUACUGCUUGCUGAAGAUGGAGGACUGUGAGUCCAUGGAGAUCUUGGGCCUGCACCUCCAUGACUCCCCCAUGUACCAGGUGGUGGUGGCGCGGAGCAGGUGGGUGCGCCUGGAUGGCCUGCGCAUCACGCUCUCCAACCACGAGCUGGGGGACGCGGGAGCGCACAACACAGACGGGGUGAACAUCCUGAACUCCUCAGAGGUGACGCUGCAAAGAAGCGUCAUCGAGAGCGGAGACGACAACGUCGUCGUAAAAGAGGGCUCCCACGACAUCUACGGGGAGGACUUGCAGCUCCGACGCGGCAAAGGCGUGUCCAUCGGGAGCUUGGGCGAGCGCAGCGCGGAGGGCCAGGUGGUGAUGAACGUUCGCUUCCGGAACCUCACGGUGACCCAGAGCGUCCACGGCGCCCGCAUCAAGACUUGGAAGGGGGCCCAGGGCCUCGUGCGCAACGUCUCCUUCGAAAGCUUCAAGCUCUUGGAUGUGAUGGUAGGCAUCCUGAUCGACCAAACCUACUGCCCUCCAUCGCAGAGGCCUGAGGGCUGCGAGAACGACGGGGAGGCCAUCCGCAUCGAGCGUGUGCGCUUCAGUGACUUCAGCGGGUCCUUUCUGCAGACGGACCGAAAGGUGCUCUGCAAUGCGUGCGAAGACGUCACGUAUCAGAACAUCGCGCUGCGGCCAGCGGCCCCGAUGUUCCGUCCGAGAUAA